AUGGAAGGAGACUGUUGCUCCAGCACAGACUCGCAGCAGCAGCAGCAGCAGCAGCAGCAGCCAAGAGAGAGAGGGAAAUCGGUAGCUGCAGGAGCACAGAAAGAGAAGCAAUACAGGGGCAUCAGGAUGAGGAAGUGGGGGAAAUGGGUGGCUGAGAUUAGAGAACCCAACAAGAGAUCGAGGAUCUGGCUUGGAUCUUACUCUACGCCGGUUGCCGCUGCCCGGGCCUACGACACGGCCGUCUUCUAUCUCCGGGGCCCAUCUGCUCGCCUCAAUUUCCCGGAAUUCGCCGGGGAAGAUGAUGAUGAGCUGCGCGAUAAGUCAGCGGCGUCGAUAAGGAAGAAGGCGACCGAGGUUGGAGCUAGGGUUGAUGCCGCCGAGGCCGGGAUCGUCGCCGCAUCGGCAGCAGCUACGGCGGGGGAGUUCCGUUGUAGUAGGAAAUUCAAGAAGCCGGAUUUGAAUGAGGAGCCUAAGGACGAAGAUUCAGACGAGAAUUACGAUGAGUGAGGUGUGGAGUGGAUGAUGUCUACCGCGUGUGACCCAGCUGUUGAUCCAAAGGGCUGGAUUUCUCGAGGGUAUCAUGAUGGUUGGACCAGGUCGCCACGUGUCAGAGGAUGAGUGCCCAAGGUAGGGAACGGCGUUGGCCAACCUUGGCGGGCUGAUGUAUACGUGGAUUGGUUUCGAGUCGCUGCGGAUGACGUGCUUGUGGACAAGAGAGAGAGAGAGAGAGAGAUGUGGGUGGACUGAGCUAUUGAAAUAUGACGCAUUAUGCUGUGGUCCAAUUGGGUGGAUGUGGGGUCAUGCGUGCACAGGCCGUUUCCAUCGUUGAUGAGAUUUUCAAAGUGGGUGGAUUUUAUUUUAUUUUAUUUUUAGUUACGGAAGUUAUUUAUACUCUGGUGGAGUGGAAUGGUUGAUACACAGGCACCCUAAACUGUACGCUCUUCAUACAUCGACUCAAAUGAAACAUGUCACAUUGCGGGACCUACAAUGGCGGGGAACGUAUCUGAAAAAUCAGAUUAGUUGGACGGUA